GGCUGGUGACGUCGGCGAUGGAGGAAGGGAAGGAGAUGAAGGAGGCUCCUAUCCCAUUUAGAACAGCACAAUCCAGCAGGUCAUUCCCUCUGAGACUUCUUCAGUUCUUCUUAGUCUUCCUGAUCUUCGGCCUCUGCGCUUCGAUGGUGAGCAUGUACAUGAUUCGGCAUUUCGGCAUUCACAACAAGAACCUCAUGAUGCCUUUAAUACAGUCAUCUAGCUGCUACAAGCCUUGCUUCAAGGAAAAAGCCAGUGUGGAAAGUUGGAUCAGACCUCCUCCAAGUUUAAUACACAGCAUGAAUGAUACAGAGUUGUUUUGGAGGGCUACUUUUGUGCCAGCAAUUAAGGACUACCCUUAUCACAGAGUUCCCAGAAUUGCCUUCAUGUUCUUGACUAAAGGACCCUUGCCUUUGGCACCCUUAUGGGAAAGGUUUUUUAAAGGCCAUGAAGAUCUCUAUUCAAUCUAUGUGCAUUCACCCCCUUCUUACCAUGACGAUUACUCAUCUUCUUCAGUUUUUUACAGGAGACAGGUCCCAAGCCAGGUAACUGAUAUAUAGCAUUGUGUUGUUUGUUCCUUUUU